CUGCGCCAAAGGGAGUGCAUGCGGAGGUGAUUCGAGCGGUCGGUAAAGCGCUGGAGGAGGAAGGCCGAGGUCACUUGUAGAUUGCGAAAAGGAUGCCAAGCCUCUACAGAAGCCCUACGGUGACAAGCAGGCUCAAAAUGGCAAUGCAAUACGAUCAAGUGAGGAAGAGAGCUCGAGUGAGGAUUCAGAACAUGUCAUGAAGCGUGUGCGUGGACUGUCAUGGACUGCCAGAAGCUCUGCGCUUUGCCCGCACUCGUCCUGGAAUUCAGCCGGUCGUAUAUGGACAGCGACGAGUCGCAAAGGCGGUGCCGUGUGGACCGCGCGGUGUGAUUCUAACGCAACAGCAUCUGUACCAAUUUCGAGCGUUGAAGAGCGCUCUCCACAGAGGCGCAUACCUGAACUCCUGCUUGUGCUGCGGUCAGGAGUGGAUGAUGCUGGCUACACGAGGAAUGCAUACAUGCGAAUGACGUUUGGGUGAUGCGAGCAAUCAUCAACACGAGUGAAUCACGAAUAUUGGG